AUGUCAUUCACACUUUGUGCACAAUCGCUAAAAGUGCCGAAAUUAGAGUUACCGGAAAAAAGAACAGCCAGUAUCGGCAUUGAUAUCUCAAAAUGCAUGGCAGAAAUACAAUGUUUUGAUCAAGAUGUGGAAGAAGCAACUGCACAAGUAUUGACAAAAUUCAUUCCGAAAUCUGAACUCAGUGAAAUUGGAAGUCUGAUUAAUGAAAUCUGUGCACACCGUAUAACUGUGGCUAUUGAAAAACGAGAUGAUAUGUGGCGUCAACAUGAAACUGCUCAAAUAUCCUUUUUGCAAAACGAGAACUCUCAAAUGUUAACUGGAUUACACGCCGAAAUUGAAAGACUUCAUCACCAUUUGAGAGAUCUCUACCGUAGACUUUAUGUGAAAAAGUCGUUCGAUAGCAACACGACACUCGAAAAUGAAAAUGAGCUGCUUCGAAAAAGGUUGCAAAAAGCAGAACAGAAUACGAAUAAGCUGAAUCAAGAGUUACAGAAAUGCGAGAAAAAAUCGAGAGAUUUAGAGCAAAAAACUAAUGAAACGAUCAGAAUGCUGAAAAAUCAACUUGCCUAUCAGAGUAACAGAAUUCGUCAGCUAACUGAUGAACUCAGUGAGAGGACAGCACAAAUAACUAAACUGAUGGCUCAGCUCCCAUUUGAGAGAGUAACUGAGAUAACUGGUAAUGAGAUUCCUACUCGAAUCCAUUUCUAUUCACAACCAACCAUUCCCUGGUAUCCUGCUCCGGCAUCAUUUUUUGGCAAAAAAGACAAUAAUUCUUCGCAUGCGAGUUUAAUCCGUAACAUUUCGAUAACUUAUCCAGGCGGACGACCAAAUGUUGUCGCACAAAAGUACAAUUAUACACCUUCAACGCCACGUUCACAUCAUCUACCAUCGUUAUACUCGAAACCACGCAGUGCACCAUCGUUGGCACAUAGUAUCGAAAAGCCGACACGACUACAGAUGCUGGAAUUACAUAAUCGAGUGUCAUUUACCCGUUCGUUAUAUGAAAUUCGAAAUUCUUUUAUUGCGAACAGUACCACAUACAAAAAUUCUAACGCUUCGAUUUCAGUAGAUGAGUCAAUGCAAAAUACGAUAUAA